AUGAAUUCAAGUGGAUUAGGGUCGUCUUCAGAACAAGAUAAAAAGAAUUAUUCUACGAAAGUAGGAGGCAAUGUAUCAAUGAUACAACCAUUAGCUUCUUCUGGUGUACCUAAUGCGUACUCGAUAAACGUACCUGAAACUCCAUCAUUAACUUAUUCCUCGACAACAACACCAUCCGCUUCAUCAACAUCUUCGUCGUCAUCGACAACGAUAUCAACAAGCUUACCUAACUCUGGGCCAUUCCCGCCGUCAUCAUUAUCGUCAGUUGUACCAAGUGGACAAUCUAUGAAUUCGACAACAUCAACAUCUGUAACGACAUCAAUCGAUGGAUAUGGAUUACUUGGACUAUUAAGUGUAAUACGGAUGACAGAUCCUGAUUUAAACAUGUUAUCAUUGGGCAGUGAUUUAACAUCACUAGGUUUAAAUUUAAAUUCACCAGAUCCACUUUAUGCCACGUUUAGUUCGCCAUGGGCAGAUAAUAAUCAAGCUAUUGGAUUUAUUGAACCCGAUGAAAACACACGUGCUGUUGAAGAUUUUUUCAAGGUCAUUCCAGCAUCUGAAUGGUCUUUGGAGGCCUACACAAACUAUAUUCUUGAGCAACCUGAUGUUACAAUCAACUUUGAACAAGUAUUCAUCAAUUUCACAGAAAGUCUGGACCAGAUACAUCAGCUCUUUGUUGUUCCUUUAUCUAUUCGAACAGUCUGCCAAAAAUAUAUUGAUUGGCUAAAGACAUUGACAGGUAGGUAUGUUAUUGAAGCAUGUCGAAAGUUCUUUGAUGCUAAAAUAUUGCUAAAAAAGAAAGUUUCUAUGAAAGCUGUUGUUGAGGAAACAAUCAAUCUUACUUCUCAUACAGAAGCAUACCAAUCUUAUUUACAACCUUCUAUCCUCUCAAAUAUUGAACCUCUACCAUUUGAAUAUGAAAUUCCAUCAUCACAAUCAUCCCCUGGUUCACCAUCUAUAAUAAGAACACCUAAUAAACGACCAUUUGAAAAUCCUGAAGUAAAGAAAUACUGUCAAGAUUCUACUAUUGUUUGUGCAUUCGGAAUGAAACCCAAAGAUCUUGAAGCAGAAAUUGGUAAAGAAUUAGUUCAGGAGGUACUUUCAACACAUAAAGUUAAUCCUCUUCUAUGGACAUCAAAAUUUGAAGAAUACAUUGAUAAUAUAUUGAAGAAAAGUGGGGAUGAAUUCGAGAAGGCACUACAAAAGAAUGUGGAUACUGGAGAUGAGCUUUUUCAUCUGUAUUGUAAGAAAAUUCUUAUUGAUUUUUAUCACCUUGUUGAUAUUAACCAGUCCAUGAGUAGAAAGAUUAGUGAACGAAAAUAUAUCACAUACAAUAUUGCAUCCCUUUUUAAAUUUUAUGAGACUACAUUUGGAACUAGAUUAUCAGAUGACCAAGAAGUGUGGCAAAUGGAAGUGGCAGGACCACCCUGGCAUCCUACCACCACACACACUAUAAAUGAUACAAAAAAAACAUUUCGAUCAGAUAUCCUUAAUUUAGUGUCCAUAUUGCAGAAUAAUUUGGAUUGUGAUAUUGAUUUAGCAAUAAAAAUCAAAGUUUUUUGCACACAAGCAAUCGGUACUCGCCUCACACUUUAUGCAUUGAACAUACUCCCAGAUGGUCGAUUUCUUGCCACAGAGCUGAUCUCUGCUGUUGUCCCCUUCUCCUGGAGUGGCCGUAGCAAAUACAAAGCAAUUUUACAAAUGAUGUCAAUUUUCCAUGAUGAGCUUACCAAGCAGGAAGAAUUAAUGGAGAAGAUCAGCUUAUGUUCAUCAUCAACAAAUGAAAUAACAGUUCGUCAAGUAUUGAAAUUGCCAGCAGAGAUGUUUAAAAGGGUUUAA